CAUCUACAGAUCUACUCUUAUACCAUGUUUGAAGUUUGUAAGUCGGCAACAGUGUAUGAAUCGAAAGUAAUUUCAUUUUGACAACGUUAUUGCACCUGCAAAACGUUUUGCAAUAGCUUUUUCUAGUUUCAAAACUUUCAAUUGCAUUUUUCGUCGUCUGUUUGUCUCGUGUGUGUUUUCAUUUAACCACAAGUUUCUUUAACAUAUAUCUCUAGUUCUCUACAAAUCGGAUUGUUUCUUAUUACUGUGCGUUCUGAAGAACUUGUAUAAUACCCACGGUAAGUGUUUAAGUUAUUGAACAUUCUUAAAAUACGUAAUGGCAUAAACUAAUAACUUGGCAUAUCCUCUGAUUCAGUGACAAGAAUGUCGGCAAGACAGAACCUUGGACAGACAGUUAAAAAUAAAGGAGUAAGAGGCCGUGGACGUUCCAGAAAAUCCCAGCCGUUUUUGGAAAAUCUGACUCAAGUACAAAAAGAUCUUCUCAACGAAGAGAACCAGAUGCUGCUCGAUGAGUCUUCUGGUCAGGCCUCACAAGCCAAUGAGAUUCAUACUUUAGAUUAGCCCCCGGAUCAACUUCUCACUGCAGAUGGUACAGAAUGGCUGGUAGUGGAUUCAGGAAAUGAGGACGAAGAAAUAAUUCCAUCAAGUCCGAAGGUUCCAGAUCCACCACCCAACACGCAGCCAAUUCCAGCUUUCAAGCAGAACUCAUUUCCUGCCUGGAGAAAAGAAUUCUUCAUUGAUUGGCGCGAAGGUACAAAUGGAAAGGUUCAUUGCCUUUGCAGAAUUUGUAGGAAGUAUUUUGCUGGGUCGAAAGAUGCUUUCAGCAAGGAAUUGGUCAAGCUUGGCAUACCGGGAUACAAGGCCCCGACCGAUUUUACAAUGAGACGGCGUCAUCUGUAUGAAGAAUAUGACCGAAUCAAGUCUCUCGUGAUGAAAAAGCUCAAGGAAAGCAGAUCAAUCACUCUUAUGAUUGAUAUUUGGUCUUCCAAGCGCAUGUGCGGAUACAUCAGCUUCAAUCUGGAAGGUGUUACAUUCAAGUACGAACAGUUCACCGCUUUUCUCUGCUUGCGGCAGAUGACUGGCCGUCACACUGGAGAAGCUAUUCUUGCCGAGUUUGAGGACGUCCUAUCGGAGUGGGAUCUCAAUAUCAAAACGGUAGUUCGAGUAGUGACCGACAGUGGCUCGAAUAUAAUUCGGGCCUUCAAUCUCCGCCUUUUUGGCAUUCAGCCGGAAGAAAAUGGUCAAGUCAGACAAGUAGAGACGGAACCUUCAGAAGAGGACUUUGCUAGGGAUGAAGAAGAAAUUGUUGAGCUCGUUUUGGACUCUGCGGAUUCCGACUGCAUUGUGGAGCUUUUUCAAUCCAGAAACCAUCCAGCUUUUCAAACCCUACUGACAGCCGACCCAGACGAAGAGGAAGAGUUUGAGGAAAUUCAGACCUCUUUGGACAACUCGUACCUCAACAUUCCAAGGGCGACUGUUGGGGUCCUGGAAGGAAUCGUGGAGUCAACAUAUCAAAUGUCUUCCACAUUGCUAGCCUUCUGCAAGGCCCACGAUCUCCAGCUGACUGUGAAAGACGGCCUCAAAGCUGUUGAAGUUCCAAACGCUUUUGGUGUUUCAUUAUUUUUUCCUGGUUGUAAAUUUUUGUGUCUCAUUACAGUCCCCGGUAGGAGCUGCAUUAAACACUGCGGAGCCAUUGUCAACUCUGUGCGCCAUAGCGUCAUCGACACGGAAGAAGUUUACGGUCGGAUUCCGCCUCGUUGCAAAGAACGUGACCCACUGGAACUCGGAGAUGUAUUCCGUAAGAUCCGUCAUCAAGGCUGUCGAUACCGACCCUAAACUACAAAACCGGUUGAAUGCGACGACAAAGAAACAUCCAAAGCUUUCCUCUCUGGAAAUCAAGCAACUGAAAGAAGUUGUUAUGGUGUUUCCGCCUUUUCAAGAGACCACGGACGAUUUCCAAGGUGACAACGAAACAAUCGGAACAGUUGUGCCGGCGUUCAUUGACCUGUUGAACAAAGUGACCCUCACCAUCAAAUCAAAAGGCAAAACUGAGCUUAAUCCGGUGAGCCCAUUCGCCGGGAAGAUAAAUUACUGCAAGACGUUCGUGGACGCUUUGAGAACUUCACUGGAGACGAGAUUCUCUUCCAUUCUUAACGAGUCGGUCUACGUGACAGGUGCUAUCCUUGACCCAAGAUUCCAAACGAACUGGCUGUCGUUUUCCCAGCUCAACCAGGAAGACGUUUUAGCAUGCGUUCGACAGGAAAUUGAGCAUCGUUACAACUGCAUGAGAGAGAACGAGGCGCCGACGGACUCAGCAGAGGUCGGAGGAAGAAGCCCUGAGAUUUCUUCAAAUGCGACAAACCAGUUGAGUAGGGCCGUCUUCGAUCAAAAGACGUCGGGCUCUUUAUAGCACUCUCCAGAGCAGGCCAUCUCGUCCUGCUUCAGCCGGUCGAUCAAGGGUGCUGGAUGAGUUUGACAUCUACAUCAACGAGCCUAACUCUCCAAUGGAGCAUCAGAAAAAUCCAAUUGAUCCACAGUCAAUUUUUGUUCUUCUUCGCCCUUUAAAGUACUGGGAGGAAAACCAACACCGGUUCCGGUUUUUGGCCCCGAUUGCACGGGAUAUUUUAGUAAUCCCCGCUACUUCGGCCAGCAUUGAACGGUGCUUCAGUACAGCACUCGACAUUUUUGCCAUAAAAAGUAUUAACAUGAAGGUUGAGCUACUUAAUAUGCUUCUCUUCAUUAAACGAAACAAGAACUUUAUGUAGUUCAUUUACUAGUUUGAAUGAAAAAAAUGUGGACUAACAGAAGUCAAUACGGUAAAAAGUAUUUUGUAUUUGUAUUUGUAUUCGUAUUUUAUUUUAUUUGGUAUUUCAGAUUUUUGGAGAA